AAGAAUUAAUUAAGAUUGUCCAUCUCUAUUGUCCGUUCACAUUACCUAAUUCGAGAUGCGUUACCAUUUGUUUUCGCGUGCUGUUAGAAUAUUAAAUCAAAAUCACAAUAAAUGCGGAACAUUUCUGCUAGCGCGCAGCGCAGGUAGCAAGGCGGCCACAAACAGCAGUAGCAGCGUCAAUGCGCAGCAAUGGGCAGAGGACAGUCAUGCACCGGAGGAGGCGAGCGCCGCAGAGCAACAAGGGCUGCCGGCACGUGAACCGCUGGCAAAGAACCUCUUUGUGGGCUUAACGGACAAGGAGCUGCUCGGGUAUCCAGAAGUCAUAGCACGCGAGGAAAUGGCCAGCUUGCAAAACGCCUUGCUGCCGGUAAAGAAUUACUUUGCAGAGGAGCAGCAAAAGCAGCCGCACUCGCUGGAGAAUCUGCAACAGCUCGGUCUCUAUGGCCUGAACGUGCCCACAGACUACGACGGCAAGGGGUACAGCUGGAGCGCCAGUCUCAUAGCCAGUGAACCAGAGUCCAGCCACACGAGCUUGGCGCUCGGCCUGCAGUCGCAUCGCAUUGUGGUGGACAUGCUGCGGGAGCUGGGCACACCGGAGCAGCAGCAGAAAUACAUGUCAGCACUGGCCAGCGGCAAGCUAAUAGCCAGUGAUGCCAUCUUCGAGUACACACCGCCCGAAGACGACUUAUUCGGCACCCAGGCCGUCUACGAUCUGGACAAGAAAACCUGGCUGCUCAGCGGCGAAAAGGCAUUCGUCGUUGUGGCUCCAGCUGGCGCACGUCAACUGUUCCUUGUGCUGGCACAGACGAAUAAAACAAACGUGCCGGGUAACAUGGGGCGGGAGCUGACAUUAUUUCUAGUCGAUGAUCAGCAGCCAGGCGUGCGUCUGGGUGAGACACAUGCCACAUUCGGUUGCCGGGAGGCGGUCAUGCGGCGCAUUCACUUCGACCAGGUGCAGUUGAGCACUCAGCAAAUCUUGGGCCAGGCCUAUGAAGGCAAUCGCCACUCGGAGCAGCUGGUGCGCUUCAGCCGACUGCGCAGCAGCCUGCUGGGCAUCGGCUUGUCCAAGCGGCUGUUAAAUCAGCUAACCAAGUUCAGCGUGGAGACGACACAAGGCGGCGUUCAGAUCAAAGAUUUGGAGCUGACCCGAGUCAACCUGUCACAGGCAAUGUGCUCCAUAUACGCCAUGGAGAGCAUGCUCUAUCUGACGGCUGGCAUGAUGGACGAGUUUCGCGGUCAGGACGUGACGCUGGAGACUGCAAUUACGAAAUAUUACACGCUGCAGCAGCUGUACGCGAUAUCCUCACAGAAUUUGAGCCUUCUGGGACCCGCGAGUCUGCACAGCGGACAGCCAGCCGAGCUGGUCUUAAGGGACACUGCUCAAUUGUGCACGCAGGGUGAAUCGCUGACCACGUUGAGUAUGUUCAUAGCGCUGACUGGACUGCAGCAUGCCGGCAAAUGCAUGAACGAGGGCGUGGGCAAGCUGCGGAAUCCACUCUUCAAUCCCGGACAGAUAUUUAGCAAAUUCCUCAGCACAGCCAGUGUGGAGAAUCCCAAGACGAACAUGCAGCUGGCAGAGCAUGUGCAUCCCACACUCGAGGCACCGGCCCAAUGCAUCGAGCACUCGGUGGCGCGCCUGCACAUGGCCGUGGAGCUGCUGUUCACGCGGCAUGGCAACGCCAUUGUGGAACGGCAGAACGAGCUGCAGCGCCUGGCGAACAUUUCGACCAUCAUCUAUGCCAUGUGGGCGAGCAUUGCACGCGCCUCUCGCUCCUAUUGCAUUGGCCUGCCCUUGGCGGAUCACGAAAUGCUAACCGCUACGGCCAUUUGCUCACAGGGUCGCGACGAUGUGCUGCGCCUUGCCAUGGAAAUCCACAAUGGCAACUAUAUGAACAACGAUAACAAUCUGCUGCGGCUCUCCAAGCAGGUGGCCAAGAGCAAAGGCUACUUUGCGGUGCAUCCCCUGACGUUUAACUUUUAAGUGCUUUGUUUAUCUAUCGCAUUGUUAACUGGUAUUUAAUCUGUAAAAGAAAAGACCAAAUCGAAGAUGGCGCGAGAUACAGUAUAUAUAAAGACUAUAUAAUCGGGUGUAAUUAACUUAUUGGAAAAUUCGAAUUGACACCGAAAUCCACUCAAAUUUGAAGUGCAAAGCUUGAGUUAAGCAGUUCAACAGUUUGUUCCACUCAUGUUAACUGAGCUAACAGACCCAUGUUAAAUAAAGUCUCAAGCGUUAUUGAGUGCCUUUUGAACUGA